AUGAACGAGAACGACAUAGCAGCGCUGCAACUCAACAAAGACGUUAUCGCGGACGCCAUCACCAUGACCAACAUCGAGCGUUUCCUACAUUUUUUACAGCACGCCAAGUCGUUGGUAGGGCUAUAUGGACCUUCUAGCAAGCAACCCAAUACAACGGUUUUCGCGCGCUAUGUGAGGCCGCCUCAGCAUCCGAAGCCUCAAGAUCCAUCGUUCGACACUCUCGCCCUCUCCUUCGCAGCAGCACAAGAUUGCACAUAUAGCGCCCAACCCGCUGGGUCAGGGAAGGAAGACCUAGACCUCUUCACACUCCUGUGGGACUGCGCAGUCGUGGUCCUUGAAGAGAUACUCGCUAGAGGCUCCCUUCCACAAGAGUCUUUCCGCUGGGGUAUCUUUGGUCUUUCCGCUGGAUACAUGCAUCCGCCUGCUCGCGAUGUCACCGCACAAAACGUCUUUCUGAGUAAUAAGCGCCGACUUCAUGACGCGCUGAAUGUGUUGCCUUCUUUAAAUCGAGAGACGAGCAGCGAGUAUGUGGUAGGCGAGAAGAAGACUACGGCUUUGCUCACACGGGCUCGAAGGGAUAUACACACACUAGGGCAUAUCUUGUUACACGAGUACAGGCUCAGUAGCUGGAGGCGAGUGAGGUGGCUACAUACGAUCGCAGUUGCGGAGAGGUGGGACUAA